UUGUUUACCCCGCGGAAGAGCGGACUGUCAUGUUAAUUUACGUCAACGUUAUACUUUGGCUGAAGUUUCACCGGGCGUCCACGUUGACAACUUGUUUACAAUGGUGCCCAUUCAUAGCUCUGCAGGCAGCGUUGGCAGUUCCUGGACUGAGUUAGCGGUAUAUAGUUAGUCAGACUGUGUUGGACGGACAUUGUCAUAAGGGCUCUAUAAUGAAUCAUGGCGAUGACUGCUGUACAACAGCAGAAGAUGGAGCUCAGAGCGACCAGCAGCAGCCUCUCAUUCUGGAAAGAGUGGAGGAAGAAACGGCCAAAAGCUGGCAAUCCGUUGUGUCACAAUGUCUGAACAAACACUGCUUGUGCACCCCAAAAAAAGCUAAAUCCAAAUUAUUGGGCUUCGUCCCGAUUCUGAAAUGGCUGCCACGCUACCAGCUCAGGGAAUGGCUGCUGGGCGAUGCCAUGUCAGGACUGAUUGUCGGAAUCCUGUUGGUCCCUCAGUCCAUAGCCUACUCCUUGUUGGCCAGUCAGGAUCCCAUAUAUGGUCUUUAUACUUCUUUCUUCUCAUCCAUCAUAUAUGCCCUCUUAGGCACUUCUAGACACAUCUCAGUGGGGAUUUUUGGGGUGCUCUGCCUGCUUGUAGGUCAGGUUGUGGAUAGAGAAUUAGCUUUGGCAGGAUACCUCACAGAAAGUGCCAUCCUCAAUAGUAACAAUAGCACCGUCUUGCUGGCUGGCCAGGGGAAUGGCAAUGUUGGGGUGGGAUGUGACAGAAGCUGCUAUGCAAUCACAGUGGGAGCUACAGUUACCUUCACUGCUGGAGUUUACCAGGUGCUAAUGGGCAUUUUCCAGGUAGGCUUUGUCUCAGUCUACCUGUCCGACUCCCUUCUCAGUGGCUUCGCUACAGGAGCCUCCCUGACCAUUCUCACGUCCCAGUUCAAGUACCUUCUGGGCCUGAAGAUCCCCAGGCCUCAGGGCUGGUUCACCCUUUUUAAGACCUGGUACAGCCUGCUCACCAACCUGAGCAACACCAACAUUUGUGACCUGGUGACCAGUAUGGUGUGUUUGCUGAUACUGAUACCUACCAAAGAGCUCAACAAUCGAUUCAAAGCCAAGCUGAAGGCUCCCAUUCCCUUCGAGCUCUUUGUGGUGGUAAUUGCGACAGUGGCUUCUCACUUUGGCCGCUUCAACAGCGACUACGGGUCGGGCGUGGCUGGUGACAUCCCCACUGGCUUCCUCCCUCCCCAGCUGCCGAUGUGGUCUCUGAUCCCCAACAUUGCCGUAGACGCCUUCUCCAUUGCCAUUGUGGGGUUCGCCAUCACCGUCUCACUGUCUGAGAUGUUUGCCAAGAAGCACGGCUACACAGUGGACGCCAACCAGGAGUUGUACGCCAUUGGCUUCUGCAACAUCCUUCCAUCGUUCUUCCGCUGCUUCACCACCAGCGCCGCGCUGACUAAGACCCUCGUCAAGGAGUCAACAGGGUGCCAGACUCAGAUAUCUGGGCUGGUCAGCGCCCUUGUUCUGCUGCUGGUGCUGCUGGUUAUCGCACCGCUCUUCUAUUCCCUUCAAAAAUGUGUGUUAGCCGCCAUCAUCCUGGUUAACCUUCGCGGAGCUUUACGAAAGUUUACCGACAUUCCCAGCAUGUGGCGCGUCAACCGCGUAGAUACCUCCAUCUGGCUGAUCACGAUGGCAACCUCAGCGCUGGUCAACACAGAGCUGGGUCUGCUCGUGGGGGUUUUGGUGUCAGCCCUGUGCGUCCUGGGCCGAACCCAGCGAGCCCAGGUACUGGAGCUUGGCCGGGCGACCACCAGGGAGCAUUAUGAGGACCUGUCGUCUUACCGCGGCCUUCGGACACAUCCCGGAGUGGCUGUUUUUCGAUACGAGGCUCCAAUCUACUACGCCAACCAGAGCUUGUUCAAAAAAUCUCUCUACAGGUGCGUCGGACUUGAUCCUGUGAAGGAGAAAACUCGGCUUAUGAAGUUCAAGAGGAAAAACAAACAGCAGGGAGAGGUUGCACGAGUCCCAAAUAUGAAAUCAGGGGGUACGGAGGGUGCAGGAAAAGAGGAUGGGUUUGAAGCUGGUGCGACUGUAACCUCAGUACUCUGCAAUAAAUCUUCCCGUAGCUUACGCAGCUUGGUGAUCGACUGCAGCGCCAUCUUGUUUCUAGAUACUGCUGGAGUGAAUGCUCUGAAAGAGGUCCUCAAAGAUUAUGAAGAACUUGGGAUCAAGGUUGUCCUGGCCCGGUGUAAUAUCUCAGUACUGGAUGCACUGGAAAGAGGGGGAUACUACCCAAUCAAAAAAGGAUGGGAUGGAGGAGAAAACAAAAUCAUGUUCUUCACCAUCGCAGACGCCGUCCACUACGUCCAAAGCCUCUCAGCUAACGGAGAUUAUGACAGCAAAUGCUGAAAAAGAUCUUUCUAUCCCAUCAUCUGUGUUUAUGCAGUUGUCAAUCUCACAUAAUCUAAAAGAUCAAGUGCCUUGAAAUACUACUAAGGUGGGUCAGUUUUUUUUUUUUUUUUUAAUACCUGCACCCACCUGACCUGUUAUGAGAGCCAGUCUGCACUGCCAGGCCUGCUCAAAUACGCUUUAAUCAACCAACCAAAGUGCAAAACGCCAACCUUAUGCAUAAUACUAGAACAAUUUCCUAGUAAGCUUGCCUGAACCUGCCGGACCAUCUAUGCUACAUAAUUGCGGCAGACAAUUCUUUAUUUAAUUCUGUUUUCAGUAGUUACAUACUCAAAGUAUUUUUAAAUCUUUCUCAUAGAAAUGUAAGUACAUAGUACUAGUAGUAAUCAGUCCCUCAGGUCUUUUUUUGAGAUUGUUGUGGCCCAAAAUGCCUGAUUUUUUUUUGUAUAGUUCUUUCAAAAUAAAAACAAAGCUUGUUUUGGGGAGAAUAAAAUUACUCUGGGCUAAGUUUUCCUAGUAGCCUUACCAAAAAGGUUGGAUGCUGCAAAUGUUGGUAUAAUAUGAAAAUGGCGGGUGAAUUUAAGACAAAAAAUAAUAAUUUAUUGUAUGAAUCAAAUUUGAACAUAU